AUGGCUGGUGGAGAAGAGAACAAUACUGGUGGUAAAAACAGUUUUUCUGUGCUUGUUGUUGAUGAUGAUACUGUCAUUCGAAUGGUCCAUAGAAGGCUUAUGACAGGUCUUGGGUUGAAAGUUCAAGAAGCCAAAAAUGGAAAAGAAGCUGUUGAUCUUCAUAUCAAUGGAGCUUCCUUUGAUCUUAUUUUAAUGGAUAUGGAAAUGCCCAUCAUGAAUGGUCCCACGGCGACAAGGGAGCUUCGAGCAAUAGGUGUGAAGAGUAUCAUUGUUGGUGUCACAUCUCAUACUUCUGAGUCUAUCCACAAAGAUUUUAUGGAAGCAGGCCUAAACCACUGUGUUGCGAAGCCAAUGACUAUAGCCAAGAUUGCCUCCUUCCUUCCGAAAUCCAACAACAACUAA